GAGACUCGUUUCUUCAUUGCGACCGUGAACCAGAGAGAGGGAUAAAUUUGGCCAACGUGCCAAAAUCAUCUUGUCCCGAACGAAGAUACGCACGCUACAAAGAUACCGAUAUUUAUCUACUAGAACUAGACGAUCCCCUCUCUGCCGUGGACUCGCACGUCAGCAGACACCUCGUCGACAAGUGCGUCUGCAGCUAUCCAAAUUUAAGACGACUGAUGAAAUGGUCUUUGACACCGUCGAAUUGGCAGUUGGUGUUAUGUUAAAAAUGAAAGAUAUUUGAAGAUGAAUAAAAGUUCAAUGUGUCACCAUGAUAAACGACGAUCAAAAGAAAUAUCCAAAAAAUCCACGGCAAAAUGCGAAUGUCAUUUCCCUCCUCACCUUUUGGUGGACCCGAAAAAUUUUUCGGACCGGCUACUACAAAAAAGAUUUAGAGGAGACCGAUCUUUACGCUACUCUUACGCAAGACAGAACCAACCAUUUAGGCCAAGUCAUAGGCAGGGCUUGGGAAAAAGAAAUAGAAUCGUGCGCUAAAAAGAAAAAUGGCCGUAAGCCACAAUUGCUCAGGGUGCUGUUGCGCUGUUUCGGAAAAACGCUUCUGCUAAUUGGAAUUGCAGAAGCAAUUAUGGAAUUGUUUUCUAGAAUGUAUCAACCGUUAUUACUUGCUAAUUUGUUACGCUAUUUCGCGAGCGAGAAGAAAGAAUGGACCGACGAGGUGUAUUAUAGUGCAGGCGGUAUAAUUCUAUUGUCCAUCAUGGAUUGUUUUAUUACGCAUUAUUCCGUACAUUGCUCGUUUCACCUAGGAUUGAAAAUUAAGAUAGCUUGUACCUCGUUAAUUUAUCAAAAGAUAUUGAAGCUCCCCAAUUCUGUACUGGACAAUGAGACAUCCGUUGGACAGAUGGUAAAUUUCCUAAGUAGCGACAUUACCAGGUUGGAAGCAUCUUUGGUAGAUCUACAUUAUAUUUGGAUCGCACCUCUUCAAAUCAUAUGGAUCACGUACGUUACGUUUACCGAAAUUGGAUGGGCAGCGCUGAUAGGAAUAUCGGUAUUUUUACUAUUCAUUCCUUGUCAAGCGGCCUUAGCGAAGAUAAUUGCACCUUUAACGCUUAAAUUAGCAGAAAAAACAGACAACAGGCUCAGGCUGAUGAAUCAAGUAAUCACCGGAUUGCAAGUAAUUAAAAUGUACGUUUGGGAAAUUCCUUUUUAUAAUCUGGUGGAAAAGGCGAGAAAGCGUGAGAUGAGCGUAAUAAAGAAAUAUUCUAUCUUGAAACAAUUAGCUCUCACUCUCGACUGCUAUGUGCCGCGACUUAGUCUCUUCGUCGCGAUAUUGGCAUACGUCUUAUUCGGAAAUUACAUUAACGCCGAGAAGGUGUACCUGGUAACAGCAUAUUACAACGUUCUACGGAACUCGAUGAUUUUUGGCUUUUCAAUGGGUCUCCAUCAAUUGGUACAGGCAUUGGUUUGUAUUCGUCGUUUGCGAAGAUUUAUGUUGCACGAUGAGAUCAGCAAAACGAAACAGAACCCAUGUCAGACGGGUACUGAUUCAUUCGCACUUCGCAUGACAAACGUAAACGCCAAGUGGCACGGCGAGGGUAAGGAUGAGACGUUGCGUAACGUAAGCUUGACCGUGCCACCUGGAAGCUUCGUCGCCAUCGUGGGCCAGGUGGGUUCGGGCAAGAGCAGCCUCUUGCAAGCGAUACUUCAGGAACUGCCGUUGACGGGCGGGAGUAUCGUGAGCCGCGGCAGGAUAAACUACGUCAGCCAGCAGCCGUGGAUCUUCGCGUCUUCCGUGAGGCAGAACAUUCUGUUCGGGCAGGCGAUGGACAAGUCGCGUUACAACGAGGUGAUCAGAGUCUGUCAGAUGGAAUCGGACAUAGACUCGUUUCCUCACGGCGACCGCACCAUCGUGGGCGAGCGGGGGAUAAAUCUGAGCGGCGGCCAGCGUGCCAGGAUCAACUUGGCGCGAGCGAUCUACAAGGACGCGGAUAUUUAUCUCCUGGACGAUCCUCUCUCCGCCGUGGACUCGCACGUCAGCAGACGUCUCGUGGACAAGUGCAUCUUCGGCUAUCUAAAGGGAAAAACGAGGAUUCUGGUGACGCAUCAGCUGCAGUAUCUGCAACUCGCCGAUCAGAUUAUCGUGAUGAACGACGGUAGUAUCGAGCAGAAGGGUACGUUCGAUCAGUUGCAAGAGCUGGGCCUUGACUUUAUGAAGCUGGUGAAGGCGGCUGAUACGAAAUGCAAAGAGGCCGAGAGAAGGCAAUCCGAGAUUAAGCGUCGAAUUUCGAUGAAGGGCGAGACGAGGGACAACGGGGACGUCCCGCCGAUUGAGAUGCAAGAGACGAUGGCGAAGGGUCGCAUAUCUCGCGGAAUGUUCUUCGCUUACUUCAAGGCGAGCAAGAGGCCCGUCUUGAUCGCGUUGAUGAUGCUGAUCUUCUUGGCGAAUCAGGUGAUAUCCGGUGGUAGCGACUACUUCGUCGCGUUCUGGGUGAACGUCGAGUCGAGCUCGUGGCACAAGAUGGACAACGCCACCCUGGAGUUUCAAUGGGAGGGCCCGCUACCCCGCGAUUCCAUGAUCUACUUGUACAGCGCUAUGAUAGUGUCCAUCGUACUGCUGUGGAAAUUCCAAACGAUCGUGUACUUCAGCGUGUGCAUGUGGUCCUCGGUGAAUCUGCAUUCCGCUAUGUUUCGCAGCAUAUUGCGCGCAACCAUGUACUUUUACAGUACUAAUCCAGCUGGCCGUAUAUUAAACAGGUUUGCUAGAGAUAUCAAUAUCGUCGACUUAUUAUUGUCGAUGUGCGUAUUCGACAUCAUAGUGAUCGGACUCAUCUCAAUCACGGUGGCAGUUAUGAUCAUAGCGGUCAACCCAUGGCUGGCGAUCCCCACUGUGCUUUGCGCGUGCAUUUUUACUUAUUUCCGUAUGAUAUACAUCUGCACCGCUCGCAGCAUCAAACGCCUCGAAGGGACGACACGUUCGCCGAUCUUUGACCACCUCGGAGCGUCUCUGCAAGGUCUGACGACAAUCAGAGCGUUUAACGCCGAGGAGAUGUUGAUGACGGACUUGUGCAGUCAUCAGGAUGUCCACUCGUCCGCCUGCUUCCUCUUCCUGUCCACCUCUCGAGCCUUCGGCUUCUACAUCGACGUCAUCUGUCAGUUUUACAUCGGGGCGAUAAUCAUAGCCUUCACGGUCGUCGACGGUCUGGCUGUCGUUGGUAACAUCGGUCUGGUAAUCACGCAAACCAUGGCGCUGACGAACAUGCUGCAGUGGGGAAUUAGACAAACGGCCGAGCUGGAGAGCCAGCUGACCUCCAUAGAGAGAAUACUCGAGUACAGCCGUUUGGAAGAGGAGCCGAUGAUCGACGGCAAGCCGGAAACCAAGCCGCCGGACGAUUGGCCGACGAAGGGUCUCGUUGAAUUCAGAGAUGUGAGCUUGAAGUACAAUAGUCGAGGCGCCUACAUCCUCCGGAACAUCAACUUCACCAUCAUGCCGGAAGAGAAGAUCGGUAUCGUCGGUAGAACCGGCGCGGGCAAGUCGUCCCUUAUCAACGCACUCUUUCGCCUGGCCUGCGUGGAGGGUGAGAUCCUCAUAGACGGCGUGUCCACCGGCGCGAUCGCCCUGCAUGACUUCCGCUCGAAGAUCAGUAUUAUCCCUCAGGAGCCGUUUCUGUUCACCGGAAGUCUGCGACGGAAUCUCGAUCCCUUCGAUCAGUAUUCCGACGCCGCGCUGUGGCAGGCGCUCCAGGACGUCGAGCUGAAGGAGACCAUCUCCGAGAUGGCCGCCGGAUUGAACACGAGGGUGUCCGACGAGGGGUCGAACUUCAGCGUCGGCCAGAAACAGCUGUUGUGCCUCGCGCGCGCUAUUAUCAAGAACAAUCGGAUUAUGGUGCUGGAUGAGGCAACUGCCAACAUCGAUCCCUACACGGAUUCCCUUAUACAAAAAACGGUUAAGAAGAAAUUUAUAAAUUGUACCGUGUUCACCAUAGCUCACAGAUUGAACACCAUUAUGGACAGCGAUAGAAUAUUCGUGAUGGACGCUGGAAACCUUGUGGAAUUUGACCAUCCGUAUAUCCUUUUACAAAGGAAGGGACAUUUUUAUAGUAUGGUACAGCAGACUGGUACUGCGAUGGCCGAGCAUCUUAUUGAUAUAGCUGAAAAAAAUUUCUAUAAAAAGGAUAGGUCGCCAUCCAGAUAAUCACAAUUUUCAAUACGAUUAUGUGCCAAAGUGAUAUUCUACGCAAUCGCGCUCAACGAUGGGCUUAUAUUAUAUAAUCUAUUAGUAUACAGUAUACAUUUUACAUUAACAAAAAUUUUCUGUUAAUUUCUCUUGUAUUUCACGUUGUGUUCGCCUUUUGCAUUUUUUGUUUUUCCUUUCAAAAUUAUAAGAUUUUUUUUAAGACUCGUGAUAUAAGUACAGAACAAAAUACAUUAGUUUGAAAUAAAGUGUAAAAAUGAAAUUUUAUAUACACAGAGAAAUAAAACAAUUAAAAACCCAAUUUUAAUUGAUUUUCU